AUGCCAGACAUAGACUUCCAACAAGCUGCACGGACCACAAAAGCCGGAUUUGUUGGAGUACUCGACAUUAUCUGCAUGAACCCAGUCUUUCAUCGUGGGGGUAUUCGUCCACAGCUACCAAUUGCUCAUCAACUGGCCUUGACCCUGGAGCGCCUGGGAUCAAAUGGGAAUGCAACCUCUGUUGGCCGCUUUUCUCGGAACUUGAACGUUGGCUGCGGCACUGUCAUCAAAGCCACUCGUUGGGUCAUUGAAGUGCUUGUUUCCUUAGGUCGACAAUACGUUAUGUGGCCCAAUUCCACUCGUCGGGCCAAGAUAUCAGAAGUUAUGAAGAACGAGGGAUUUGUUGGAUGUGUCCGAUUUGUUGACGGAACAACAAUUCCCCUAUUUCAGCGGCCCGGGUAUGAUGGCGAGGUAUUCUACGACCGAAAAAGACGGUAUUCAAUCAAUGCUCAAAUAAUCUGUGAUUGUGACAAGUACAUCACAUCAUUCAUCACGGGCUGGCCUGGUACAUGCCGGGAUAGCCUAGUUUACAAGAGGAUGCAGCUGCAUCUCAACUCCUCCCAGUAUUUUGACGAUGGUCAGUACUUAUUGGCCGACUCAGCUUAUGAGGUCUCAAAAACAGACGUUCCAGCCUACAAAAACCCUUCAGCCAAGAUCCCAAUCAAUACUGACUUCAACUACUGCCUUGCAAAGGCCUUGAGUCCGAAACAAACAUACAAUUGGGGUCCUCAAGUCUCAAUGGAGUUCAUUGCGGGAGAUGCGACUGCACCUCUAUCGUCGGAGCAACAUGCGGGAACAUGUAGCCUGGCUUUACAGCUGCAUCAUUCUACACAACAUCCUUGCAAAGCUCGGUGA